GGAAGCGAUUCGGAAUCUGAUUUGCCACAUCGAAAGUUGCCAGAUGUGAAAAAAGACGAUAUGUCUGCAAGGCGGACAUCCUACGGUGAACCCAAAUCAGUUGUGCCUUUUAACCAAUACCUCCCCAAUAAAAAUAACCAGACUGCCUAUAUUCCGGCUCCUCUCAGGAAGAAGAAAGCAGAACGUGAGGAGUUCAGGAAAAGCUGGAGUACUGCUACUUCACCUCUAGGAGAGAGACCUUUCAGCAAAACCCAUCCUGAAACCAUAGAAGAAGAGCAAAGCGAGGUACUGGUACAAUCUGAAGAGGAUCUGGGCUGCACCAUUUCCACUGCUGUUCCCUUGGUUGAGCCAGUUCAGGCAGACAUAAGCCAACAAGACCCCUUACGUCAGUCUCCUACACAUUCUGCAAACAAAACAGCAGGGCCCAGAAAUAACGAAAAGGAUCCUGAGGAGCUCAAAAAGCUAAGAAGGCUUGAAGAGGCUGGUAUUAAAAUCAUGCCAGCAGCACAGCGCUAUGGAAGCAGGUUAGCUCCAUGCCACGGGACUUGGUGUGUGUAUGCAUCAAGCUUUGAGCACUCGUUGUGCUUUGUGGUACUUUUCAGUUUGCUGUAACCCUCUAACCACUUUUUGAAAAUCCUAAUAAAUAUAAUUUGCUGUCCC